UGAGGUCUGCGGGGCCGCCUCCGUCAUGCACCAGCUCCGGCCCGUUGGAGUUCAGGGCCGGAGGGCCCCGCCUCCGCCCCCCGAGAAAGAUCCCGGAAAGUGGGCCUUGGUCCGGAACGUCAACCAGGCCCUGAAGCCUCACACCAUCAUGCCGGGAGAUUACGUCUGGAUGGACCUGCAAACCGGGCUGGAGUUUGACGUCCCCAUUGGUGCCGUGGUCAAGCUCUGUGACUCCGGCCAGAUCCAGGUGGUGGACGAUGAAGGCAACGACCAUUGGAUCUCCCCGCACAGCGCCGGCCACAUCAAGCCCAUGCACCCCACCUCCGUCCACGGCGUGGAGGACAUGAUCCGCCUGGGGGACCUGAACGAGGCUGGGAUCCUGCGGAAUUUGCUCAUCCGCUACCGGGACCAUGCUAUCUACACAUACACGGGCUCCAUUCUGGUGGCAGUGAACCCGUACCAGCUGCUGCCCAUCUACGCUCCGGAGCAGAUCCACCAGUACACCAACAAGAAGAUCGGGGAGAUGCCGCCCCACAUCUUCGCCAUCGCCGAUAACUGCUACUUCAACAUGAAGCGCAAUAACCGUGACCAGUGCUGCAUUAUCAGCGGGGAGUCCGGGGCGGGGAAGACGGAGAGCACCAAGCUGAUCCUACAGUUCCUGGCGGCUGUCAGCGGGCAGCACUCAUGGAUCGAGCAACAAGUCCUGGAAGCCAACCCCAUCCUGGAAGCUUUCGGGAAUGCCAAGACCAUCCGCAACGACAACUCCAGCCGGUUUGGGAAGUACAUCGACAUCCACUUCAGCAAGCGCGGGGCCAUCGAGGGGGCCAAGAUCGAGCAGUACCUCUUGGAGAAGUCCCGCGUCUGCCGCCAGGCUCCGGAUGAGAGGAACUACCACGUGUUCUACUGCCUGCUCCAAGGGGUGACGGCGGAGCAGCGGAAGAAACUGGGGCUGGGCAAGGCCUCAGACUACAACUACCUGGCAAUGGGUAACACAACCACCUGCGAUGGCCGGGACGACAGCAAAGAGUAUGCCAACAUCCGCUCAGCCAUGAAGGUACUGAUGUUCACCGACACCGAGAACUGGGAGAUCUCCAAGUUGCUGGCCGCCAUCCUGCACAUGGGCAACCUGCGGUAUGAAGCUCGUGUGUUUGAUAACCUGGAUGCCUGUGAGGUCGUCUUCUCCCCGUCACUGGCCACAGCGGCGGCCCUGCUGGAGGUCAACCCUCAGGCCCUGAUGAACUGCCUCACCAGCCGGACCAUCAUCACCCGGGGGGAGACCGUGUCGACUCCCCUGAGCAUGGAACAAGCCCUGGAUGUCAGAGAUGCAUUCGUUAAGGGCAUUUACGGACGCCUGUUCGUGUGGAUCGUGGACAAGAUCAACGCGGCCAUUUACCGCCCCCCGCCCCAAGGGGCCAAGAACACCCGCAGAUCCAUCGGACUGUUGGACAUCUUUGGGUUUGAAAACUUCACUGUCAACAGUUUCGAGCAGCUGUGCAUCAACUUUGCCAAUGAGCACCUGCAGCAGUUCUUCGUGCGCCACGUGUUUAAACUGGAGCAGGAGGAGUACAACCUGGAGGACAUCGACUGGCUGCACAUCGAGUUCACCGACAACCAGGACGCGCUGGACAUGAUCGCCAACAGACCCAUGAACAUCAUCUCGCUCAUCGACGAGGAGAGCAAGUUCCCCAAGGGCACAGAUUCAACCAUGCUGCACAAGCUGAACUCCCAGCACAGGCUGAACCCCAGCUACGUCUCCCCCCGGAACAACCACCAGACCCAGUUUGGCAUCAACCACUUCGCCGGCGUGGUCUACUACGAAACGCAAGGGUUCCUGGAAAAAAACCGGGACACUCUGCACGGAGACAUCAUUCAGCUGGUCCACUCGUCCAAAAACAAGUUCAUCAAGCAGAUCUUCCAGGCCGACGUGGCCAUGUUCCUCUGUGGCUAUGCUUCCGGCUCCCUGGGCCCCACGUCAGCUCCUUCUGUGAAGUUUCUCUGCGGCUACGCGUCUGGCUCUCUGGGUCCCUCGUCGGCUCCUUCCGCUAAGGGAGCCGAGACCAGGAAGCGCUCACCGACCCUCAGCUGCCAGUUCAAGCGGUCCCUGGAGCUGCUCAUGCGGACCCUGAGCGCCUGCCAGCCCUUCUUCGUCCGCUGCAUCAAGCCCAAUGAGUUCAAGAAGCCCAUGCUGUUCGACCGUCAGCUGUGCGUGCGGCAGCUGCGCUACUCGGGGAUGAUGGAGACCAUCCGGAUCCGCCGGGCGGGGUACCCAAUCCGCUACACCUUCGUUCAGUUUGUGGACCGCUACCGCGUACUCCUGCCUGGCGUGCAACCGGCUUACAAACAGGGGGACCUGCGCGGCACCUGCGAACGCAUUGCCAGAGCCGUGCUGGGCCGAUGUGAUGAUUGGCAGAUUGGCAAAACCAAGAUAUUUCUGAAGGACCACCAUGACAUGCUGCUGGAGAUCGAGAGGGACAAGGCCAUCAUGGACCGGGUCAUCCUCAUCCAGAAAGUGAUCCGGGGCUUCCGCGACAGGUCCAAUUUCCUGAAGCUGCGAAGGGCUGCGACGGUCAUCCAGAGAAACUGGCGGGGCCACCGCUGCCGGAGGGACUACAGGGCGAUGCGUGUUGGAUUCCUGAGGCUCCAGGCCCUCUCCCGAGCCCGCCAGCUGCACCGGCAGUACCGCGUCGCCCGCGAGCGCAUCAUCGAGUUCCAGGCGCGGUGCCGCGGCUUCCUGGUGCGGCGGGCCUUCCGCCACCGGCUGUGGGCCGUCCUCACCGUGCAGGCGUAUGCCCGUGGCAUGAUCGCCAGGAGGCUGCACCAGCGCCUGAAGGGGGAAUAUCACCGUCGGCUGGAGGCCGAGAGGCUGCGGCGGGCGGAGGAAGAGCGUCUCAGGAAGGAGAUGAGUGCCAAGAAGGCCAAGGAAGAGGCGGAGAAGAAACACCAGGUGCGCCUGGCCCAGCUGGCCCGCGAGGAUGCGGAGAGGGAGGCCAAGGAGAAGGAGGAGGCGCGGAGGAAAAAGGAGCUCCUGGAACGGAUGGAGAAGGCCCGGAACGAGCCCGUCAGCGACUCAGAGAUGGUGGACAAAGUGUUUGGCUUCCUCGGAGCCACGGCCUCGCUCCCCGGCCAGGAGGGGCAGGCGCCCAGCGGCUUUGAGGACCUGGAGCGGCUGCAGAAGGAGAUGGUGGUAGAAGACCUGGACGCCGCCCUGCCCCUGCCCGAGGAGGACGAGGAAGACCUGUCGGAGUACAAGUUCGCCAAGUACGCGGCCACCUACUUCCAGGGCACCAGCACGUACAGCUACGUCCGGCGGCCCCUCAAGCAGCCCCUGCUGUACCAUGAGGAUGAGGGGGACCAGCUGGCGGCCCUGGCGGUCUGGAUCACGGUCCUGCGCUUCAUGGGGGACCUCCCGGAGCCCAGGUACCACACGGCCAUGAGCGAUGGCAGUGAGAAGAUCCCCGUGAUGACCAAGAUCUAUGAGACGCUGGGUAAGAAGACCUACAAGAGGGAGCUCCAGGUGCUGCAAGGAGAGGGAGAGGCCGGGCAUCCAGAUGUGCACAGGAAGAGCAGCGUGCGACACAAGCUAGUCUCCCUGACGCUGAAGAAGAAGUCAAAGCUGACCGAAGAGGUGACCAAGAGGCUGCACGACGGGGAGUCUACGGUGCAAGGAAACAGCAUGCUGGAGAACCGGCCCACCUCCAACCUGGAGAAGCUGCACUUCAUCAUCGGCAACGGCAUCCUGCGCCCGGCCCUGCGAGAUGAAAUCUACUGCCAGAUCAGCAAGCAGCUCACCCAGAACCCCUCCAAGAGCAGCUAUACCCGCGGCUGGAUCCUCCUGUCCCUCUGCGUCGGCUGCUUUGCCCCCUCCAAAAAGUUUGUCAAGUUUUUGAGGAAUUUCAUCAGCGUGGGCCCCCCGGGCUAUGCUCCAUACUGUGAGGAGAGGCUAAGGCGAACCUUCGUGAACGGGACACGAACACAGCCUCCCAGCUGGCUCGAACUCCAGGCCACCAAGUCCAAAAAGCCCAUCCUGCUCCCGGUGACGUUCAUGGAUGGGACAACCAAGACGCUGCUGACCGACUCGGCUACCACGGCCAAGGAGCUGUGCAGCUCCCUGGCCGACAAGAUCAGCCUGAAGGACUGCUUUGGGUUUUCGCUCUAUAUCGCGCUUUUCGAUAAGGUGUCCUCACUGGGCAGCGGGAGCGACCACGUCAUGGACGCCGUAUCCCAGUGUGAGCAGUACGCCAAGGAGCAGGGGGCCCAGGAGCGCAACGCCCCGUGGCGGCUCUUCUUCCGCAAGGAGAUCUUCACCCCCUGGCACAACCCCUGCGAGGACACAGUAGCCACCAACCUCAUCUACCAGCAGGUUGUGCGUGGUGUCAAGUUUGGGGAGUAUCGCUGCGACAAGGAGGAUGACCUGGCUGAGCUGGCGUCCCAGCAGUACUUUGUGGACUACGGGUCGGAGAUGAUUCUCGAACGGCUCCUGAACCUGGUGCCCUCCUACAUCCCCGACCGGGAGAUCACGCCCCUCAGGUCCUUGGAGAAAUGGGCCCAGUUGGCCAUCGCAGCGCACAAGAAGGGCAUUUACGCCCAGAGGAGGACCGACUCUCAGAAGGUCAAGGAGGACGUGGUGAACUUUGCUCGUUUCAAGUGGCCCCUGCUCUUUUCUCGGUUUUACGAAGCCUUUAAAUUCUCAGGGCCCAACCUGCCCAAAAAUGAUGUCAUUGUGGCCGUCAACUGGACGGGCGUCUACUUCGUGGAUGAGCAGGAGCAGGUUCUGCUGGAGCUGUCCUUUCCCGAGAUCACGGCCGUGUCCAGCAGCAAGGGGGGGAAGCUGCCCGGCCAGAGCUUCACCCUGGCCACCAUCAAAGGGGAAGAGUACACCUUCACCUCCAACAACGCCGAGGACAUCCGUGACCUCGUGGUGACUUUCCUGGAAGGGCUGAGGAAGAGGUCAAAGUACGUGGUCGCCCUCCAAGACAACCCCAACCCCGGCGGCGACGAGUCCGGCUUCCUUGGCUUCGCCAAAGGAGACCUCAUCGUCCUGGAUCAGGACACCGGUGAGCAGGUCAUGACCUCGGGCUGGGCCAAUGGUGUCAACGAGCGGACCAGGCAGAGAGGGGACUUCCCCACCGACUGCGUGUACGUCAUGCCCACGGUCACCAGGCCGCCAGCGGAGAUCGUGGCCCUGGUCACUAUGACCCCCGCUCAGCGGCAGGAUGUCGUUAGAAUGUCCCAGCAGGCCGCGGUGGAGCCAGAGGUCAAAGUGAAGCCUUACACACUGGAGGAGUUCUCUUACGAUUACUUCAGGCCGCCGCCCAAGCACACCCUCAGUCGGGUCAUGAUCACCAAGAACCGCGGCAAGGACAGGCUGUGGAGCCACUCGAGGGAGCCCCUCAAGCAGGCGCUGCUGCGGAAGCUGGCUGGGAACGAGGAACUGUCGCAGGAAGCCUGCAUGGCCUUCAUCGCCAUGCUCAAGUACAUGGGGGACCACCCCUCCAAGAGAUCUCGCUCUGUCAACGAGCUCACAGACCAGAUCUUCGAAGGGGCCCUGAAGGCGGAGCCCCUGAAAGACGAGAUCUACGUUCAGAUCCUCAAGCAGCUGACCGACAACCACAUCAGGUACAGCGAAGACAAGGGCUGGGAGCUCCUGUGGCUGUGCACUGGCCUCUUCCCGCCGAGCAACGUCCUGCUGCCGCACGUCCAGCGCUUCCUGCAGUCACAACGGCACCAGCCGCUCUCCACCGACUGCUUGCAGCGGCUCCAGAAGGCCUUGAGGAAUGGGUCCCGGAAAUACCCGCCCCAUCUGGUGGAGGUGGAAGCCAUUCAACACAAGACGACCCAGAUCUUCCACAAAGUUUACUUCCCCGAUGACACGGACGAGGCAUUCGAGGUGGAGUCCAGCACCAAAGCGAAGGAUUUCUGUCAGAGUAUUUCCACCAGGCUGCUCCUCAAGUCCCCGGACGGAUUCAGCCUCUUCGUCAAAAUCUCUGACAAGGUGAUCAGCGUUCCGGAGGGAGAUUUCUUCUUUGACUUUGUCCGACACCUGACGGACUGGAUCAAGAAAGCAAGACCUGUGAAAGAAGGGAUCGUGCCGUCGCUGACCUACCAGGUGUUCUUCAUGAAGAAGCUGUGGACGAACACCGUCCCAGGGAAGGACCCCAUGGCUGACUCCAUCUUCCACUACUACCAGGAGCUCCCCAAGUACCUGCGGGGCUACCACCGUUGCACGCGGGAAGAGGUGCUGAGCCUGGGAGCCCUGAUCUACAGGGUCAAGUUCGAAGAUGACAAGUCCUAUUUCCCCAGCAUCCCCAAGCUGCUCAGGGAGCUGGUGCCCCAAGACCUGAUCUCCCAGCUCUCCCCGGAUGACUGGAAACGGUCCAUCGUGGCCUAUUUCAACAAGCACGCGGGCAAGUCCAAGGAGGAGGCCAAGCUGGCUUUCCUCAGGCUCAUCUUCAAGUGGCCCACGUUUGGCUCGGCCUUCUUUGAGGUCAAGCAAACCACCGAGCCCAACUUCCCCGAGAUCCUGCUGAUCGCAAUCAACAAGCACGGCGUCAGCCUCAUUGACCCCAGGUCCAAGGACGUCCUCACCACCCACCCCUUCACCAAGAUCUCAAACUGGAGCAGCGGCAACACGUAUUUCCACAUCACCAUUGGGAACCUGGUCCGAGGGAGCAAGCUGCUCUGUGAGACUUCCCUGGGCUACAAGAUGGAUGACCUGUUGACAUCCUACAUCAGCCAGAUGCUGACAGCCAUGAGCAAGCAGCGGAGCGGGAAGGGCAGCAAGUGAACCCGGGGCCGGGCCCCUGCUCCUCCGCCAGCUGCGGCCCGUCGGGUACCCCUGCAGCUGGGGCUGGGCCUGCCGGGGGUGGGUGAGGCCCCGCGGACCCCCGGCCCCUGACUCUGACCCCGACUCCCCAUCCAGCGAGGAAGACUAUCUGUGACCCUGAGGUGGAGAGGCCGCAUCCCACGGUGGGGGAGGGACUCGUGGUGAAGCCCCCUGUGGUCCUCCCCUGCCCCCACUCCCACAGAGGGAUGCAAAGAAACAAGUGCAUUUAAA